AUGUCUUCAACCAAGAAAGACAAGGAUUCUGUGAUUUCUUCUCAGUCGCCGAAGCAUCGCAGAGGCAAAACACGUGAAGUGAGUUCGCGAUUUCUCUCUCCCACCUCAACCACGUGGCUUGAAGCUGAAUUUGCGUCUCCUCAAGGAGCUGUCUCGCCGAUUCGACGCAAACAGGGGUCGUCGGACUCUACCGACAACCGGAAGCAUUGGAGUCUAGAGGACGCGGGUCUUCUCCGAGGACAGCUUUGGCCUUCUUCGUCCUCUACAGUGAAUAAAAACAACCUUGAUGCUACUCUCGCUGAUCAUCUUGGUAAUGAUAGGCUCAGGGACUUCCUUGAUCGCAAAAGUAACGAGAAAUCUGAAAAAUCUAACUCUGUUUUUGCUCUCACUAAGCAGAGGAGUUGCAGUGUGUUUAAGAGGUUUGAGAAUGAUCAAUUUGAUAAUAACAGUAAUAGUAAUAUUUCCAAAGAAAAUCACCAACAUGCUAUUAUUGGUGGAUCUACGAGGUACACGGGAAAACUUGGUUUUCCCGGAAAAUCAUCUUCGUCUGUGAAUUCCAGUUGUAAGGAUUUUAAUAUUGUCCCAGGUAGAUUGUCAGUAGAUGAGAAUGCUCUGUACAGAAAAUCGGAAUCCUUUACUACGACUCUGGACUCUGAAUCAGACUGCAGCGAUAUCCCUUCAGGUGCUUCUGAUUUAAGUACCAGGAAAUUAGGGAUAGAAGUUCCGUCUAAGUAUAUGAAUCAUAUAUCAAGAAGGAGCCGGAGAGGUACUUCGGAUUCGAACAUUCAGCAUCCACUGUCAUCAGAGGACUCUUCCAUUUUAAAGAAAUUCACUAUAAAAAAUGCGAUCAAGAGGGCAAAUUCUCUCACCGGAUAUAAAAGUUCAAAAUCGCAAUGGGCUCUAUCACCAGGGCGAUCAGGAUCGCCACCGAUGUCUGUGGAAAGCAAGGAGAAACUCAUUUCGUUUUCAGGCUUGAAGCCUCCAACUAGUCCCUCACAUGUAGCUAAAGGCGUGGAUAAAUUUCUAAACAGGGGCUUCGAUUUCUUCCGGGGCAAGAAAUCAUCUACGAAUUCAACUUUAACAGGAUCGAGUACUUCAGACACUGUUUAUCAGCUUCGAUUGAUGGAUAAUCGAUUGAUGCAGUGGCGAUAUGCAAAUGCUAAAGCUGAAGCUGUGAACAAAAGCCUUUCUAUUCAAGCAGAAAGCAAUUUACUAUAUGCUUGGAAUGGCGUCACGAAGUUGCAACGAUCAGUGAUGCAAAAGAAGAUGCAGUAUGAGAAAGAAAAGCUUGAGAUGAAACUUAACUUUAUAAUACAGUCUCAGAAUAAGCUAUUAGGAGUAUGGGGAGAUUUGGAAAGACAACACAUGUCAGCAAUUACUGUAAUUAAAGAUUGUCUGCACUCUAUUGUCUGCAAAUUACCCUUAACAGAAGGCGCAGAGGUGGACAUACCAUCAAUGUCUGUUACUCUAAAACAUGCAUAUGAACUUAUGGCUUCCAUGAAGUCAGCGUUAACAAGUUUUUCACCUUUGGCUGAUGAGGUUGCAGCAUGGUUAUCAGAAUUAGCAGAGGUUGUUUCUCAAGAAAAAUUGCUUCUUGAUGAGGUUCAUGAUCUUUUCCAGAACAUAUCUUUUCUUGAGUUGCAAGAGAGAAGUAUGAAAUGUGGGCUCAUUCAACUUCAAAGCCGGCAACAGCAAUAUUUGCAGCAACAAUUGUAGCCAGCGAACUUUCCAAUAGAUUAUGUGUAAAUGAAUAAAAUGU